UUAUUAUUAAUUAAGAUUAUUUUUUAAUAUUACAACAGUAAUUUGAAUUUAGUUUAUCCAAAUCAAGAAAUUGUACAUUAGUCCGGAGUUUUUAUACAAAAGCUGACUAUGAAAAAUAUUACAUCCUCUUUAAUAUUUUUUGUCAACGGUAAAAAGGUUGUAGAAGAUAAAGCUGAUCCACAUUGGACUUUACUUUACUAUCUAAGAAAUAAAUUGAGUUUAUGUGGAACUAAAUUAGGAUGUGCCGAAGGAGGAUGUGGAGCUUGUACUGUAAUGGUAUCAAAAUAUGAUCACAUUAAGAAAUCUCCAAUACAUAUAUCUGUCAAUGCUUGCUUGUGUCCUGUAGUCAGUUUACAUGGAUGUGCUAUAAUAACUGUUGAAGGCAUUGGUAACACAAAAACAAGAUUGCACCCUGUUCAAGAACUAAUAGCAAAAAACCAUGGAUCACAAUGUGGUUUUUGUACACCUGGUAUUGUAAUGUCUGUAUAUGCCAUGCUCAGAUCAUUAGAAAAAACACCUGAUGAAAACGACUUAAAAAUUGCUUUACAAGGAAACUUAUGUAGAUGUACAGGUUAUAGACCUAUUUUAGAAGGAUUGAUGACAUUGACUACUUGUAAUAAAAUCUCUAAUGGAUGUUCGUUGGGAAAUAACUGUUGUAUGAAGACUAAUACAAUUGAAAAUGUUAAUGAAGACAUGUCAAAUUCAUCUGAAUUCUUACCAAAUGAUCCUUCUCAAGAACCAAUUUUUCCACCUGAACUUGUACUUACAAAUGAGUUCGACAAAGAAUAUUUGAUAUUUAGAGGUAAAAAGACUACGUGGUAUAGACCAACAUCACUUUUGGAACUAUUGGAACUUAAACAUAAGUAUCCCAAUGCUCGGAUAAUUGUCGGGAAUACGGAAGUUGGAGUUGAAAUUAAAUUUAAAAAUUGUCAGUAUCCUGUAAUGAUACAACCAAAUAAGGUGUCAGAGUUAAACAUCAUUAAAAAAUGUGUAAAAGGAUUAAUUGUUGGAGCUGCGGUAACUAUUGAUAAAUUAGAAAAUGAAUUAAAGAAACUAAUUGAUAUUUUGCCAGAUUAUAAAAUUAAAAUAAUAAAAUCCAUAAUAGAAAUGAUACCCUGGUUUGCAAGUAAACAGAUUCGUAAUGUUGCUUGUAUAGCCGGGAAUAUUAUAACGGGAAGUCCUAUAUCAGAUUUAAAUCCAAUAUUUUUAGCUGCUCGUUGUCAACUAAAAGUACAGAGUAAACAAAAUGGAAUAAGAUUUUUGAAGAUGGACAAUACGUUUUUUACAGGUUAUCGACAAAAUGCUUUACAUCUGGAUGAGGUUGUGAUAAAUUUAUUUAUUCCAUUUACGAAGAAAAACACAUUUUUUAAAUCGAUUAAACAAUCAAGAAGAAAAGAAGAUGACAUAGCCUUGGUAAAUGCUGCGUUUUAUGUAGAGAUGUCAAAUAAUAUAAUAAAAGACGCAGAGAUAGUUUUUGGUGGAAUGUCAGCCACUGCAGUUAUUGCUCAAAAAACUAAAUCAUUAAUAAUUAACAGUGAAUGGUCAGAGUCUUUAUUAGAUGGUGUAUAUUUAGAGUUACUUAAAGACUUACCUCUGACAUCAAAUGCCCCCGGAGGAAUGGUGACUUAUCGUAAAAGUCUUGUUCUAAGCCUAUUUUUUAAAUUUUAUCUUUACGUGUGCAAUCAAUUAAGUUCGACAAUGAAAGAUGUUCAACAUUUAAUUAAUGACAAAAAUGCUAUAACACAUAUUUCUAAGUACGCACAAUACUAUAAUAUAGCCGCAAAUUUUCCAAGUUCAAAUGACGCUGUUGGUAAACCAUUAGUUCAUAAAUCAGCUAUACAACAAACUACAGGUGAAGCGGUGUAUUGUGACGAUAUACCUCGUCGUUCUGACGAACUUUAUUUAGCCGUUAAAACGUCUAUACAUGCUUAUGCUAAAAUUAUAAGUGUAGACUAUACCGAGGCUUUAUCACAACCUGGUGUGGUGACCAUAGUUGAUGAAAAAGAUCUACCAGGAAUUCGAAAUAUGGUCGGCAUAACGCCAAUCAAAGAUGACUAUAUAUUUGCUAGAGAAAAAGUGGUAAAUAUUGGUCAAAUAAUCUGCGGAUUAGUCGCUGUAGAUCCAAUCAUCGCGCAGGAAGCAGUUAAAUUAAUCCAUGUUCAGUAUGAAGAAUUAAAACCAAUAAUUACCAUCGAUGAAGCUAUUAAAAGUGAAUCGUAUUAUGAUGGCCGGUGUAUCUAUUUGGAAAAAGGAUGUAUUGAUCAAGGAUUCAAAGAGUCAAACCAUAGUUUAAACGGUACCUUAAGAACUGGUGGGCAAGAUCAUUUUUAUUUAGAAACUCAAUGUUGUAUAGCAAUACCAAUAAAUGAACAUAAUGAGAUAGAAAUAAUAAGUUCAACACAAUCACCAAAUGAACUGCAGGAAUGUAUAUCAAAUUGCUUAGACAUACCGGAAAAUCGUGUAGUUUGCAAAACAAAACGUCUUGGUGGUGGUUUUGGUGGUAAAGAAACUAAAGCAUUUACUAUAGCAGUGCCAUGUGCAGUAGCUGCUGUAAAAACUGGAAAAUCAGUACGAUGUAUGCUAGAUAGACACGAAGACAUGUUAAUCACUGGUGGUAGAAAUCCAUUUUUAUGUAACUAUCGUGUAGGAUUUACCGAACACGGAAAAAUUCAGGUUUUGGACGUUUCUAUAUAUAAUAAUGCUGGAUGUUCCAGAGAUUUGUCUGCAGCAACAAUUGAUAGAUGCGUUUCUCAUUUAACAAACACGUAUCAUAUCCCUCAUGUUAGAAUAUCGGGAUAUAUUUGUGCUACAAAUUUACCAUCAAAUACAGCUUUUAGAGGAUUUGGUGCACCCCAAGGAAUGUUUUUCGCGGAAUCGAUUAUCGAUCACAUUUCUAAAGAACUGAAUAUCGAUUCAAAUGCAGUGAGAGCAAAGAAUUUCUUCGUAAACGGGCAUAUAACUCAUUAUAAUCAAUUAAUAUCUAAUUUUACCGCAAAAAAUUGUUGGGAUGAAGUAUUGGAAAGAUCAAAAUAUACCUUGAAGUCUAAUGAAAUUGAAAAGUUCAACAGAAUGAACCGAUGGAAGAAACGAGGUAUCGCAGGGGUACCCACAAUGUACGGUAUCGGGUUUUCGGGUGGUUCGAAGUUUUUGAAUCAAGCUGGUGCAUUGUUGCUCGUUUACAUUGACGGAUCCGUACUCCUGGCGCAUGGUGGCGUCGAAAUGGGCCAAGGAUUACACACAAAAAUGAUUCAAGUGGCCAGUAGAGCCUUGGACAUACCCGCUGAGUCGAUACAUAUUAAAGAUACCAGCACUGACAAAAUAGCCAAUGCGUCUCCGACUGCAGGCAGUUUUAGCUCUGACCUCAACGGGAUGGCCGUUCUCAACGCUUGCGAGAUUGUUAAAGCUAGAUUAGAACCAAUCAAGAAGAGGAAUCCUGGAGGUUCGUGGGCUGAAUGGGUGAAGACUGCGUAUUUUGAAAAAGUAAACUUGUGUGCUUCAGGAUUUUACGCAAAUCACACUAUAGGAACAACAACAGAUCAAGGCACGGAAAACAAUUAUUUGUACUAUACUAGUGGAGCAGCUGUUUCGGUGGUAGAAGUGGACUGUUUAACUGGUGACCAUGAAGUUUUAAGCACAGAUAUAGUAAUGGACGUUGGACAGAGCCUAAAUCCAGCAAUUGACGUGGGGCAAAUCGAAGGAGCUUUUAUGCAAGGUUAUGGGUUAUUUACAUUAGAAGAACUUGUAUAUAGUCCAAAAGGAAUGUUAUAUACGAGGGGACCAGGUACAUAUAAAAUACCGGGUUUUUCAGAUAUACCGAAACAGUUUACAGUUUCAUUACUGAAAAGUUCAACAAAUCCAAGAGCUGUUUACUCAUCAAAAGCUAUUGGAGAACCACCGUUGUUUUUAUCGGCUUCAAUAUUUUUUGCGAUUAAAAAUGCCAUAUAUUCAGCUAGAGAAGAUGCUGGUUUCACAGGGUAUUUUAGGUUGGAUGUUCCAGCAACUGUGGAAAAAAUUCGAAUGUCUUGCAAAGACAAUAUUACCGAAAAGCUUGAAAAAUAUGAAACCGACGUAUCUGAUUCAUGGAAUAUUAUUGUUUAA